AUGGCCUCAAAAUUUAAAUUGCCUAAAUUACCUUCAAAAAAAGUGUUAGGUUUUUUUGGUACCUGUGCUGGUAUAAUAUCAUUAAUUUAUCGAGAUAAUAAAUUAUCAGAUGAAUUUAAAUCUCGUGUGGAAAAAAAAGUUUCUCAUUUAGCUUUGGAGCCUUUAAACGUACAUGAUUUGCCUAGAAAAGUGACCGUUUACCUGGCCCGUCCCUUAGGUGAUGAUAUAUAUAAAACUAAAAUACAUUUCCGUGAGUAUGUAAAGCCCGUUCUCAAUGCUGCUGCUUUGGAAUAUGAUAUCGUUGAAGGUACGCGGCCAGGACAACUUCGUUCAAAAGUACGAGACGCAAUAAGAGAAAAACGUAAAAAAGAAUUACCAUCAUCACAACAACAAUCAUCUUUAUCGAAUCAAUUAUCGGAUUCUGAUCAACCAUUUAAAACCAUAACAGCUUCAAAACCAAUUGGUAAUGGUACUAUAAUUGUAGGUAGAGUAAGUUUGGUUGAAUAUUUACAAGGAUUAAAUGAUGGCUGCAUUGCUUCUUUGGAAGAUCCUUCUCCUGAGCAAUCGAAAUCUGAUUCAAAUGCUUCACAAGAUGCAUCAAAGGAUGAACAAGUCUCACAGGAAAAUGUUAAGCAAAGCGAUGACAGUGAUAACAAAUCUGAAAAACCAGAAAUUGAAUUCACCAUUAAUGAAGAUGAAUUCUCUGUACCAGAGUUAGACUCAAUAGGUUAUGUCCGAUUUUAUAAUAGAAUUGGUUGGAAAAAUAUUCCUUUAAGACUCUAUUAUGCUUUUAAUUCUUAUAAAGAAUUUGAAACAGUUUCCGAAGAUGUGGUGAAGAUAGCUCUUGGAAAUACAAGAAAAUUUAAAAAAGAUGAUUUAAAUCUCGGUAAAGAUGAAGAAAAAUUUUUUAAAGGAACAUUAGAUGAACCAACCUUAGAUGAAAGAAUCCUUUCAAAGCUAACAAUAUACACGUAA